GGCGGGCGCGCUGGGAUGAAUCCUGGGUCGCCGACUGUCAAGGUUUCAUUGCGAGGUUGGCGAUAUUUGAUGUUUUCCCGUAAAGCCCCUGCUCCUGGAAUCAGGAGAUUACACGAGACUCUUGGCUUUCACUUACCUUUAAAGGAGCUGUCACCUCUCGUGGUUAUGCAGGAAAGCUUGAAAGGGGCAAGUAAACGCACGACUCCGUCAGCUGUACAUAAGAUAAAACAGCUUCUUAAAGAUAAACCUGAUCAUGUAGGUGUGAAAGUUGGAGUCCGUACAAGGGGGUGUAAUGGACUUUCAUACACGUUAGACUAUACAAAAACAAAAGGCGACUCCGAUGAAGAAGUAGUUCAAGAUGGAGUCAGAGUGUUUAUUGAAAAGAAAGCACAGCUGACACUUCUAGGAACUGAAAUGGACUAUGUAGAAGACAAACUAUCCAGUGAAUUUGUUUUCAAUAACCCAAACAUCAAAGGAACAUGUGGCUGUGGAGAAAGCUUUAACAUUUGAAAUCUCAGGACUAUUAUCUUGGCUUAUAACACCAUGAAACACUUCUUCAUCUGUGUGACUUUCUAAAGCUGUCACAUUUUUCAGGUUUUUAGGCUUUGUAACGUGUGGCUGCAUUUUAAGGAAAAUAAAGCGAAUGCAUUUUGGAAAUGUAACCUGUGUGUUAAAUUUCAGCACUGGUGUAUUUAUGCAGUAAUUUGGGGUGAAUUGGGCUCUAGACAGUAAGAACAGCGAGGUGCAGUAGCACUUCUGUGUUUUCAUAUGUGAUGGGAAAUAAAUCUCAAUAUUUCUCCUUUUCUUGUCAUUUCCCUCUCCUUCACCGCUACCAGUCGCCCAAAAAUUGUGUGGUGUAAGAACAGACUCCAUGUGCAUUCUGCUUUAAUUAGAAGAAAAUGGUAGGACUGUAUAUGUAUGAAUAGGUUUCAGAAUUAACUUAUACUCAUUUAAAAAGAACACACACACAAAAGAAGGUAUGUAUCUGACAGACGUUUCCAAUGUCUUCACCCCUUGAUGCUUUGAUUAUGGAUUUAGUGGUGAUCUGUUUGCAAAGAAAAAUCAAUAAGUUCUAAGAGGGAGGAAAUCCUACUUUCUAGUGCGAAAAUUUUCAUACGUUAUGUCACCAACUGUGGCUACAUCGUGGAAUGAGCUAAUUCAAGUCUCCAAAGUUAUGCUCACCCUUUCAUUUUGAGUUAUUUUAGUGCCUAUAUAAAUGUUUGUGCUUGCUACAAGGAAAGGAAAUCUCUUUGUUGCAGCCAGGAAGACAAGUAGUGUGGUGUUCCAGAAUAAUGCAACAUCUUCAACCAUUUGAAUGUUAAGGCAGAAUGUGCACAGGCCUCCUUUUCCCACAUCCCAUGUAUCUGUCUUUUCCCCCAGUUGACCAAGACAGCAAAAUUCCUAAACUGCUUCCAACCCAGUACAUGUAUGUAUUCCCCCUAUGCUGUCUGGUCACCCAACAAGGAAAUUGUUUUAUGAUGGUGGAAGGAAUUUUGUCACUUUCCUGUCGUCAUACUCACAACUUACUUUCUGUCAUAGCUGAAACCUCAUUGGUAACUUGAGUAGAUGUUAGGUUUUCCCUGAUAAGGUUGACUCUAAAUUCUGUUCAACAGUUGUUUGAGGUGAAGGUAACUUUGUAAAAGGAAAAUUCCACUGUAGUUUAUAAAAACAGCUCAGAAUCUUUGACUUGUAUAAAAUCAAUGACAUUAGCUUUUUUGUUAAACUGACACCAGGCAUUAAUUUAAGGGAAGACAAAAACUUAUUGCUUGGAAGAAGCCAUUUGCUUUGAUAGAAAGAAACUAGUUUUAUCUCCCUCUCGCACAUUAAGAUCCUUCUGGCUACACACCAAUCUUCCCAACAUGUAUCAUUCUUCAGCACCUCCUCCCCAACUACUCAGGUAUCAGUAAAUAUCUCUCCAGGCUUUCUGGAAAGCCAGAGUAAUUUAAGUGGCCACUAUGCACCAAGCCACUCACUUGUGCAGCUUGCAGGAGGAGUAGAGAGGGGAAGAAGCUAUUGUUACUAGAGUAGUUGAGCUGAAAGUUGGGGGGGGGGGGGAAGAGGAGACAGGUGGAAGGGAGCUCACAAGGAAUACCUGAAUGCUGGCUUUAAAUAAGGAAGGAGCUGGAGUGGGGGAAGGAGAUGGGACUGAAUAAGGCAUAAAACCUGGAGAUUUACUAUCCAGGGGUGGAUUCAUUCUGGAGAGCAGUUUAUUGGUACUUGAGAGGGAGAACUGUGGACUGUUACCUGUUGAGGGACUGGAAAUGCAGCUAGAACUGGUUGAGGGAGGAGGAGAUAAAUCUAUGGCAUCCUCCCUGCAGUAGUCAGCACAGCCCACAAGAAUAGAAGGUUGAAGCUUCCACGUGUAUUGCUUAAUUAAUAUUCAUACUUGAAUUUUAAUUAUUUUGUAAUGUAUGCAAUUUUGAUGUAAAAACACUGGAGUUUUCCUUUAUCAACUGUCAUACACAAAUAGUUGCAUUAUUAUAUAUAGUAGUUAUAGAACAGUAACAAAGUAUAUGGGGAAAACAUGACAACCGGCUCAGUAGAUUUGAAUUUCUAAUGCCACAGUCCUCCAUUCCUGCCAAAAAAAAUCAAGUCUGUGUGGCAUUGUAGAGCUAAUGUCUAAAGUAGUCCCAAUGAUAGACUAAUUCUCUCAUUUGUAAAUCUAUUCCUUACUGGAAAUUAAAAAAAAAAAAAAAAAAAAAAAAA